CUUGGUACCAUUUUAUGGUAUGGACUAUGGACCGACACCAAGUAUUUGUACGUUGUAGAUUAAUUAUGUGUUUAGCAAAACAAGUAUUUGUGCUUGGACUAUCUUGUCAUGUAGUUUUUUAACGUUAUAUAUAACCAAUAACCCCACAUGACACGGGAAAGAGAGAGGACAGACAAUAAAUACCAUAAAAAUAGUAGAGAGGACGUGGGAAAAGCAGAGGGUUAAUAAGUGAGUAGUUGGAGGUAGAAAGAUCAGAGACGAGGAAUCUCUCUCCCUCUCUGUCUCUUUCUCUCCUAUUCUUAGUUCGUGUCAGAAACACACUGAGAGAUUAAGAACCCUAAUUUAAAACAACAGAAUGGUACAUUCGAAGAAGUUCCGAGGUGUCCGCCAACGUCAGUGGGGUUCUUGGGUCUCUGAGAUUCGUCAUCCUCUCUUGAAGAGAAGAGUGUGGCUAGGAACAUUCGACACGGCGGAAACAGCGGCUAGAGCCUAUGACCAAGCCGCGAUUCUAAUGAACGGCCAGAACGCGAAGACUAACUUCCCCAUCAUCAAAUCCAACGGUUCAGAUUCCUUGGGGGUUAACUCUACGUUAAGGUCUCCCAAAUCAUUAUCUGAACUAUUGAACGCUAAGCUAAGGAAGAACUGUAAAGACCAGACACCGUAUCUGACGUGUCUCCGCCUCGACAACGACAGCUCACACAUCGGCGUCUGGCAGAACCGCGCCGGGUCGAAAACCAGUCCAAAUUGGGUCAAGCUUGUUGAACUAGAUGACAGUGUUAACGCACGUCCCGGUGGUGAUAUUGGGACUAAUAAGAUGAAGAAACGAAACGAUGACGUUCAGGAAGAUGAUCAAAUGGCAAUGCAGAUGAUCGAGGAGUUACUUAACUGGACCGGUCCUGCUUCUGGAUCCAUUGCACAGACAUGGUUACUAAGAUCAGAGAGGAUGCUGAUAAUUGGUUUCUGGCACAGCAAGUUGACAAAGAGGAGGAAUCAAAAGUGCUAAAGUCGACUGCUGGUACAAAGAAGUUUUGGAGACCACCUGAUAGGCCAUGGUUAAAAUGCAACUUUGCUUAUUAAGGAACUGGGAAGGUACAGUCCUACUUCAUAGUAGACGAGCUUUCAGUUCUGUUUUGUCUAAGUUGGAUGCGGAAUUUGAGUGUUGGCUCUGGGUUUUGGAGAGUUUGAAGAGCCUCAAGAUUAGAAGAGUUAUCUUUGCUGCAGAGGCAACUCACUUGAUGGAGGCGGUGCUCAGACCUGAAGCGUGGCCUUCUUUCAAGUAUCACUCCGAGUUGGUUUUAAAAGGUUUAAUGCUUAUUCCUUCGUGGAAGCUACACAAAUUAAAGAGGAUAGAAAGGCAAAUAAUGGUGCUUUCCUUAUUGCUCGUAGCGUGACAAGAGAGGAUCGAAGCCAAGCAUAUGUAGCCUCGGGCUACCUUUUUUGGUUACAUGAAGUGUUCGCAAAUGAGAUGUGCAUUACUUGAUUGUAAUGGCUUUUUGUCGUCUCGGUUUGUGAUUGUCUUUGAUCCUUUCUUUUUUGUGUUCGUUUGACUGGUUGUAAUUAAACGUCUUGUUCAUCAAUCCAUGGUAUCAUUC